AUGCCAACCCACGAUGAAGAAACACCCCUCCUAAGCUCAUCAAUCCUCUCCCGGUACGCCGCAGCAGGCAUUCUCCGCCCCGACGCCAACGACAUCCACAUCCAAUUCUGCACCCUCGCCGGCGUCCCGCCAUCCAAUCUGCCACCAAAUGCGCAACGCCCAAAUGUCGCCCGACGCUCCCUCUACGGCCGCGCAACUCGCAGACGCAAUGCCCAGAACCGGACGUAUUUACUCACAGCGUCGCUCUCCAACACGCUCCUCCUCUCGCAAGUCGUGCUCGGCGCCGCGCUCACGGGGCUCGGCGCAUCAGGCUCCUCGCACAUCCUGAUCACCGUGUUCGGGGCGCUGAACACCAUCAUCGCAGGCGUAGUUGCGUACCUGAAGUCGCGCGGGCAGCCGAUGCGAGCGCGCAUGUUCCGGGACGAUUUAGACCGAGUCGUCGAUGAGAUUGAGAAUUCAGAGGUGAUGUGGUUGGGGAUUCAGAGCGGGGUGCACGGGUACGAUGAGAUUGCGAUUGACGAUGGGAUUAGUGUGAGGAGUGAGGUUGCGCGAUUGACAAGGCUUUAUGACAAGGUGGUGAAGAAUAAUACUAUGAAUGAUCCGGAUAUGUAUAUGAAUGCGGUUACGGAUGGCGCAGCUGCGAUAUUGCGGGCUCGUCCUGGACAGACGCCGACGACUGCUGUGGUGGAAACACCGUCUGUGGCUCCUGCUACUAAUGUCGCUCCGGAUCCUUCGGCGCCGACUGGUGUCGUGGUCCCUCCUGUUGCAACGCCUGAUGAUCCGGAUGCUGCUCCUGCUUCUGCGCCGCCAAAGUCAAAGACACCGCCACCCUCUGAAGCACCAGCAAAGGGCAGUGAUUCUGACGAUGUGGACUCGUCGAAAUCCAGCGGAGAAGGCGAUGCGGCACCGCAGACUAAUGGAAAUGUGGUGAAGAGAGAUGACAAGGCGACGAAAGCUACGAAUGGCACUGCGAGUUGA